UUUGGUAAUUUAAGUUAGAACUCAAUUCUAUCUUUGGCAGCAGAAUCACUUUUUAAAAGGUUUAUUUUUAUUUUAGAUGUAUGAGUGUUUUUGCCUGGAUGCAUGUCUUUUUUGUACCAUUUAUGUGCCUGCAAUGAGGACAGAAGAGGGUGUUGGAUUCUCUGCAACUGGACUUACAAGUGGAUGUGAGCCACCAUGAGGCUUCUGGGAAGUGGACCCGUGACCACUGCAAAAGCAAGCAGCAAGUACUCUUAAGUGCCGAACUAUCUCUUCAGCCCCAUAGAAUUUUUACUAAUAUUUUAUGUAAUUAAAGAAUUGCAUGUAAUCGGAUACUUUUUAAGUACUGAUGGCUGACCAAGUAGGAAACAAGAGCGUUUUAUCCUUCAAAUCUUCUAUGAAAUACAACUUUGAAAGACUCAUCUAGAACAGACUGCUAGGGGGUGGAGUUGCUCUCGAAAGGUGGGCAAAGGAACAGUAGCUGAAAGCAAAACGAAACAGAAGCCUCCAAAUUGGCGAGAAAGAGCACUUAAUGAGUUUGUAGUGUAAGAGCAGGAUGUGGGUGAUGGACAGUCACAUUUCGACACUAGGUGUUUCUUAGAAAAAUAACUUUGUGAGGAGGGGCCCUAGAAACCACAGCUCUCCGGAGUUUUGCCACUAUACUGCCCAUUAUCUUGUCAUGACAUUGAGGAUGCAGCAGCCAGUCGUUAGACCACAGCCCAGAAAACCAGAGAAAACUAGAUUUUUUUUUUUUGAGGCGUUGCCACUCAAAGACAAACAACUCAAGUUAGUUGCAACUUCUUUCUCCGUGUUGCAAAGAGAUGGGUUCCACAAGAAUACCAAAGAGAUCUCCUCUAGGGUCCGAAGGCAGAGAUGGGGUGAGGUGGGGGUGGGAAGGGAGCAAAUUCUGUGGAAUGAAUGUGAAACAAGGCAGCUUGGGAGACUCCACCUGCUUUAGGAAAAGCACAUGCCCCUGAAUCUCACAUGGGUGAGUGCAGGUGAGGGGCAUACACAUCUGACCCAGAGCUUGGGUUCCCUCUGAUUUAACUCUGUUCUCUGAGCAGAGGCCUCUGCUUAGGUGUCAGAGCACAGAAUCGCCGCUUAAUCCCGCUUGCUCCCUACUAAUUAGGACAUAUUCAAAGCCAAAAGUUGAGCCUGGAGCUAGUCAUUGGGGCAACAGGAGGUCUCCAGUCCUCCAGUUCAACCAAGCACACCUCCAGGCCGAGAGUCCCAAGGGACUCGGGCCCUUCGUGAGCUCUCCUCACACAACUCCAGUGUUCGAGGGGACCCUUGGGCUCCCCGCGGUGACCAAAGGCCAUUCGGGUCACAGAAGUCAGUGCCCUGGCUCAGGAAGUUUCCUGCCGGGCUCCUGAUUAGCAGCCAGCAGCUGAGGCGCAGGGCGGGGCGGGGAGCCGCGCGCCAGUGAGCCAAGGCGAGCACUAUUCCUGUCCCUGUGAGCUACCGGCAUGUUAUGUGCAGCGCGCAAUCACGCUCCCAACCCUCUGCGCUGACCUGCGCUCCCCCCAGUGCCACAGGGUUUGAUCUGAUCCUCCUCUCGGAACAAGCUUACCCCCAGCCCCCUAGCCAGUUGUCUUCGGACUGCACGGGUGUCCACAGAACAGGUCCUUCUGCUCCAUGGCCGGAAAUUCAGAGCCACCAUCCUGCACUCCCGGGGCCCCCACAAUAGGGCCACAUCCACGCAUUUGCCCUGUUGGAGAUCAGGUACCCUCGCUGGUGCACUGUCAGAUCGACCUCUUCAGGUGAUGGUGCGUGGCCACCGCCGCCCCUGGCGUGCAUGUGUGGGCUCCCCAGAUUGUGUAGGGGAGGGGGCUUUGGGCAUCGCGCUGCCAUGCAGCAGCAGCAGCUGAAUGCAAGCCUAGCAAUACCAAGAAGGCUCUGAAAUUCACAACUUCUGCUACUAGAGACUUCUGGAAAUUGUCUGUAGAUCAUUCGUUGUUUGAGACCGGCACAGAACAACUGCCAGAUCUGGAUGAAGAAACCCUAAAUUUUAAGCAGAGCAGGCAAAAAUUGGCCUUUGCUAGGGGGCUCUGCUGCUGGACAGCGGAGGAGGGGGGGGUCGGUGCUGCGGGAUGCUUCCAGCCGCGCCAGGCUGGCUCCAUUCCAGCUUCCCGCCUUGGGCAUCAUGAGUUACUUCCUGUCUUACUGCAAAGCUCAUGGCAGCUCUCUUCUCACGGGCUACCAGGCUCUACGUGCUGAAGGCUUCUUGUGCGACGUGAUACUGGAGGUCGAGGGCAGUGAGUUCCCAGCGCACAGGUCACUUCUGGCAUGCUCCAGCGACUACUUCAGGGCCCUGUUCAAGAGUCACACUAAGGAAUCACAGGCUCAUGUAAUUCACUUGCAUGUGCCAUCAGCGACCGGCCUGCAGCGUCUGCUGGACUUUAUCUACACUGCCUGGUUGCCCCUCUCCAUGGACACUGUGGAGGACACUCUGGAGGCCGCCAGCUACCUGCAAGUCACGGAGGCCUUGGGGCUGUGUGGCCACUACCUGGAACGCCAGCUUGCCCCAGAGAAUUGCUGCUUCACUGCCAAUGUGGCUGCUCGCUUUGGCCUGGCUCACACCCUUGGUGCAGCUGAGCGCUGCAUUGUGCGCCACCUGCGGGAGCUGCUACUGAUGGGCGCUGGCCCCUCGGGACUACUGGAACUCAACCCUAUAUCAAUGAAGGUUGUGCUGGGUGCCCCUGAUGUGGCACAGGUGGCUGAGACGCAGCUGCUGGGCCUGGCACUAGCCUGGCUGAGGCAGGAGCCUGCGACCCAGCGCCUGACACACAGUUCAACACUGCUUGGAUGUAUCCGCUUUGGCUUGGUGCCUGCGGGUGUGUUGAGGCGUGUGUACUCAGGCUCUGGUCUUACUUUACCUACUCGAAUCAAGGGCCUCAUCAUCCAGGCCCUCAAUUACCACACAGCACCUUCUCGCCAGCCGCUCCUGCAGGGAGAACAGACUAGUAUCCGGAGUCCCCAGACACGCAUCUUACUGGUUGGUGGUCUUAGAGCGAGGGAGACUGUUACUGAAGAAAUUGUGGUCCUACCAGAGGUAGUAAGGAAUCGGCGCCCUGCACCUGAACAGGAGGAAGAGGAGGAAGAAGAGGAAGAAGAGAUGAAGGAGGAGGAGUGGGAGCUCACCCAGGAUGUGGUCUCCUUUGACGUGUACAACCACAGCUGGCGCAGCCUGACACGGCUGCCGGCACAGCUUCUAGGCCACAGUGUAUGUGCCAUGGGCAACUUCCUAUUUGUCCUGGGAGGGGAGAGCCUUUCUGGUAGUCCACCUAGCUCCCUGGCGGAUGGCCCAAGGCUUGUCACAGCCUCAGUGCACCGUUACGACCCACGCUUCCACGCUUGGACAGAGGUGCCCGCCAUGCGAGAAGCACGGGCCUACUUCUGGUGUGGAGUGGUAGGCGACAAUCUCCUGGCCGUUGGGGGCUUGGGCUCCUGUGGCGAAGCACUGGCCUCAGUGGAGGUGUACGAUUUGCGCAGGGACCGCUGGGUGGCAGCUGGGGAGCUGCCACGGGCACUGCACGGCCACGCAGGUGCCGUUGGAGACCAUGGUGUUGUGUACAUCUCUGGGGGCAAGGCUGGGAGAAGUGAAGGAGGCACAAGUAGCCUCCGGGAUAUGUACUCCCUUAGCCCUGGAGAAAGGGCAUGGAGGAAGAGGGCACCCAUGGGCACAGCUCGCUAUGGGCAUUACCUUGUGGUGCUGCGAGGCGCAGUGUUUGCCUUUUUGGGAAGGUAUGAGCCCUUCUCUGAGAUUGAACGCUAUGACCCCAGCACGGACCAGUGGACUCGGUUGCGGUCACUACCCUACGAUCGCUUCUGCUAUGGACUUGCUGUGGUAGAAGAGACAGUGCUACUACUGGGCGGUCUCAAGUGGCGGGAUUCACGCCAGGUGCCAACCCGUAACGUAGUGGGCUAUGACCUUGACCUGGACCGUUGGGAAGACAUAGGCUGUGUGCUGCCCUGGGCUUGGAGUGGCCUUCGAUGUGCGGUGCUGCAGCUGGCGGAGGGUGGGGAGGAGACAAGGGAGGGAGAGCCUGGGGAGGCACUAGAUUUAGUGUUGGGUUGAACAGGUGACUCCAGUCCUCAGAGGACCCAAGAGAAAGCUGUCCUUGACCUUGCCAGCAGAGAAAAGUCCCACCCCCCCAAAGAUUGGGACUCUGAUAGAGCAGUUCUGAAGGGUAAGGAGGCAAACGUGACUUUAGCCAAAGAAUAACUAUUCCUCUUCAACUGUAAAUGGCGGUCAGGAAUGGUCAGAUACAAUGAUAUGAAUCAGCUUUAGUUAAAUGAAGAGUUUUCAGACAAACUCACCCUGUGCUAAAGGUGGACUUUUGGAAGUAAAAUAGGACCUUAUCUCCCUCCCUAAACUGUUUUUCAGGUGCCUGCAAUUACUUUCAUGUCUCCCUUCUAAAAAUGUACAAUUAGUUACACACAACCCACAGAAAAUUGUUGCUUAUAACAGGUGUUAGAGUCCCACAAGACAGUAUUACCUGACGGAAUUGUGAAUGUGUACGCGCAUGUCUGGCUUCAAGAGCAUGGCACGGUUGUACAGAGGAGACUGAGUUUUACAGUGCAGGGCCACGGGCACAGUUCUGCUCUAACAGUUUCUUAUCGAGAUGGAACCGAGAAGGAAAAAACAUCUCAGAAAAAGCAUUUCUUUGAGAAACUAUUCUUGGUUAAUUUUUUCCUGUUCUUUUUCCAUCUGCUUUUACACUGGCUGGAGGCGGCUUAUUAGUUUAGACAUAUUUCAACAACCCUUAACCACAAAAUGCUGCAUUUGUAAGAUGAAAAUUAGCUGAUUUUUGGUGGCUUACUCCCUCCAGUCCCUGAAGGCUCACAGAAAAGAAUGAGUAAGUGAACUCUACAUGGUUAUGUCAGGCCAGUGGAAAGGCAGCUUAGCUGGGGUUUUCAAGGUAUAAUAGGAGACCUUGGUAAGCUGUGAACAGGUGUUACUUCUGGCUUGGGCUGUCAGGGAGGUGGCAAAGUGAGAACUUGUAAGUGGGGCGGUGGUAGUGAGGGUGGCUGUGUGAUUAUGUCACCGAGGACUGUGGUAAGCCCUCUGUGUGAAUAAAGUUGGUGCUUUAUAAGGAUUUGUUAAGGGCUGAAUUUGACUUCAGUUUACAGUGCUGCCUCUCCCCUAGACCUGAAACUAAGGCAAUAAAAUGUACAGAUAUAUAGUGUUUAAAGGUCUCUUUCAUGCUAGGCUAGUCAUGAGUCUAGUGAAAUUCCUUAGUUUAAGUUUUACCAGUAAAGCAACAGCUGACUUUACUAGUAACAGAGCUGGUUUCCACCAACUGCUUGCUGUUUGCAGGCCGUUUGUCCACUGUAUAUAUGACACAUCCAUCAUGUACAGAGAUUUUUAAGUGAAGAUACACAUUGGUCUAGUAAACAUCAAUAUGCCUAAACAACUGUAACAAGCACACUUCUUUUUAGGACAAGAGGGAUUUUUUUGUUUGUUUUUUCUCUCUCUCUUUCUCUCUUUUACAUACACAAAAUCCCACAAAUUUAAUGUGUGUAAAUAACCAUGCAGUAAAUAAAUGUUUUUACAAAUAGGGUUUUUUUAAAUGAUAAAAAUAUUACACUGGACUCAAAAUUCCAUACAAACAUUAAUACGUGGUUUCUCAUCCAUUUUGGGUAAAUAUAGGAUUACUGAAAGUGUGCUGUAGAAAGGCCACUCACCUGUACAGUUGUGCAAAGUCUGCAAAACGAUAGUGAUUUAAUGUGAUUUCAAAAGCAAAGAAAAAGAUUCCGCUGUGUAGCUUUUACUUCCUUCUCUACAGCAAAAAUAUUUGAACUCUUAGAGAUAUAAGUACAUUCACUGAGCUGUACAGGCGACAGGAGAAAGCUGAUCAGAAGCAGAUUUUAGGAUAUAGAAUAAUAGUAAAGGAGGCUCUCUCCCUCCUGGAAAAACAGCGAAUUGUGACUUGUACAUUAUGCAGCCACACACUAAAAAGCAGCGAGUCACUUUCAUGCUGUGGUCACUUUCCAAAACUGGACACACAGAAAUGGCCGUAUAUGUGAAGAGGAUGUUGCCGUAGACUCCACUCACUGUAUAAACAGGUCAGGAAUAGGGAAAUCUCUAAGUGCCUGAUCUCAGGUCACUCAGAGUGAUGACUCCCUGAAUGACCGCACUCUCCGUUUCUUAGCAGACAAGUCCAUUAACAUUUUCCACAUUGAUUUCUCUAUUGUAACUUCCAUCUGUCAUGACUAAAUGUAUUUUACUCCCCCGUCUGAUGUAUAAUUACAGAAGUUUAGUUAACAGACCAAGGGAAAAUUGGAAACUGCCUGGUAAAUGGACUCAAUUCAGUGUAUACUUUGUCUUUUAAGAGUUAAGAGUUCAAAAAUCACGAGUUUGGGCUGAAAUUAUGUAUAUAUAUGUAUAUAUAUAUAGAUGUAUGUAUGUAUGCAUGUAUGUAUGCAUGUAUGUAUCCAUUAUGUAGGUAUGUAUGUAUAGCUGUUAGCUGCCUUUCUGGGUGAGUUAAGUCUGUUUUAAAAAAUCCAUUCUUAAAUUCUUCUGUACACAAUCAGCAUUUCGUCACUACAAAAAUAAAGGAAGAUUUAAACCAAGAAAAUAAAGCAGCUCUAUCUUCGAUUUUGGU